UUAACAGAGCAUACUUCAAAACGAACAUGCUUGAUUGUGCGAUGGCUGAAAAUUUUCUUUUGUUUCUAAUGCUCUUCUUUGGGAUGAACAUUUGCAGCGGCUCUGGAAAUCCAUCGGAAGUUCUUUGCAUUGAGAGUGAGAGAGAGGCCCUUUUGAGAUUCAAGAAAGGGCUUGUAGAUCCUUUGAAUCGUCUCUCGUCGUGGGAUGUUAAACAAGAUUGCUGCAAAUGGGUUGGCAUCAGUUGUGACAACUCGACCGGUAACAAUGAUUUUGAAGGAGUACGAAUUCCAAGUUUUUUAGGAUCAAUGGUGAGUUUGCGUUAUCUUGACCUCUCAUACUCAAGCUUUGGUGGAUUGAUACCUCAUGAACUCGGAAAUCUAUCAAACUUGAACCAUCUCGAUUUGGGAGGUAACUACCCAUCUCUAUAUACUGAAAAUCUUGGAUGACUUCAUGGUUUGCCUUCUCUAUUGAAGCUAGAUUUGAGCUAUGCAGACCUUAGCAACGCAUCUUCUUGGUUACUAGACAUGAAUAAGCUUCCUUCGCUUAAAGAAUUAC